AUAAAUUCAUUCAUUCGCGCACAGUUCAUUUGAACACAAUGUUAUUCCACGUACUCAGUAUAUUCGGUAUAUUGGUGUUUGAAUUUUGUGCAGCAGAAAAACUCCAUCUUCCUGUGUCCACAUGUGAACGUAAUACAACCGACUACUCUUCCUGCUUAAAACAUGCGAUUCAAGAAGCUUGGCCACUUUUUGUAAAAGGUCUUCCGUCUGAAUUCGAAUUCCCUCCUUUGGACCCACUUCUUUUUGAAUAUCAAGAUGCUGAAUUUGAUAAUGAUUAUAUACAAGGAAAAAUAAGUGUGUUUAAUAUCACUAUCAAGGGCAUGUCAGCAGCACGUUUCGUAGCGGUGAGACCACAUUUCUACGAUAAGACCGACUUUCGUUUAAAGAUUAUGUUACGUAUACCAACUAUUACUCUAUAUGGUAAAUACAAAGCACAUGGUACUUUGGGAGGCUUUCUUAUGACCGAAGAAGGAAAGUUGAACAUUUCCCUAGAAAAUCUCAAAAUAACAUGGGAUAUAUCAGGACCCGUAAAAGAUGAUACGUGGAUUAUAAACCAAUUUUUCUUAAAUACAUUACUUCAAAAGCUUAAGAUAAAAUUGGAUGACGGAAACAACCGAGAAAUGAAUGAUUUAAUCACGCUGUUCAUAAAUGAAUUCUGGCCGCUGUUAUACCGCAGAGUGAUAAUACCAAUUGCGGGACCGUAUUGGAACUCUUAUUGUAGCAACUUGUCCAACCGCCUUUUUUCAAAGCUUUCCUUCUCGGAAAUAUUUCCAUAGAAUUCAAUCAUUCGAUUAAAUAUUGAGUAACGGAAUCCUGUAUACAAAACAAAAAGCGCAGUUAAUGUUAAUGUAAGCACAAGAGAUACAAGGUUAAAGGGAAUUUAUAUUACAUAUAACCGAAAUCUUGUAAGUACUUUGCAUGUCACGUCUACAUUUUCUACACUCAAAGCGUCGCUACGUGCACGUCUUAAAUAAAAAUGUAAAAAAAUUACAAUAAAAGUUUAUGAGAAGAGUUAAGCAAAAUUUUUAUUGUUAUA